GAAGGUAGACGGAGCGGCAAGAUAACUUUUUUUUGUGUAUAAAUGCAGAAUCUUAUCAUUUUAGCUUAGUCCUCGUAGUGAUUAUAUGCUCUUUGGUUCUGACGAACAUGUAAUACAUCACAAGAUCGAUUGAAGUUAACGACAGUGGAAUAUGAGCUGCAUUGCAAGAGUAGUGUUAUUGUUUUUAUGAUCCAAAAAUGAUUCCAUCAAAUACGAUUUGUGUAUCGCAGGAGGGCCCGGCGAACGCGCUGGCUCUUAAUAAAGAUGCCUCUCAAGUGGUCAUAGCUGGAAGAAACGUGUUCAAAGUGUUUGCUAUUGGUGAGACGGAGUUCACAGAGGUGUGCAACCUGCGGGUUGGCAAAAACCUAAACCUCAACUUCUCUUCUAUUGAUGUGGCUUGGAACUCUAUUGAGGAAAACACCAUAGCCACCGCUGCUACUAAUGGAGCUGUCGUGGUGUGGAACCUCGGGCGCUCCGGGCGCUCCAAACAGGAGCAUGUGUUCUCUGACCAUAAGAGGACUGUUAAUAAGGUGAGCUUCCACCUAACGGACCCGGCACUGCUGAUAUCCGGCUCUCAGGAUGGCACCAUGAAGUGCUUCGAUCUACGGAUGAAGGAAGUCGCCAGAACUUUCAUUAGUAAUACAGAAUCAAUACGGGACGUCCAAUUCAGUCCGCACCAGGCACAUACAUUUGCCGCGGUGUCUGAAAAUGGUUCUGUCCAGUUAUGGGAUGUCCGUCGCUCCGAGCGGUGUGUGGUACAGUUCACCGCGCAUUCUGGACCGGUGUUCGCGUGCGACUGGCAUCCUACUGCCCCUGCGUUAGCCACGGCAUCGAGAGAUAAAACCAUAAAGGUGUGGGACAUACACGGGAAGCCUACAUUAGAGCACACAAUAUACACCAUCGCGUCCGUCGGCCAUGUCAAGUGGCGCCCACAUCGCAAACACCACGUAGCAUCCUGCGCCCUAGUGCUAGACUGCGCCGUCCACGUGUGGGACGUACGUCGCCCCCACGUUCCCCUCGCCACGUUCGCGGAGCACAGAGACGUGGCCACGGCCGUCGCUUGGCUGCCGACGUUAGACGCGUUCCUGUCGACCAGCCGAGACUGUUCCCUAUAUCGCCACCGCUUCAACGAGGCAGCUCACCCGGUCCUUUGGGCCAACCCCCAGGGCGUCAGCAUCUCCGCGCGCGGCGAGCUGGCCUCCGCCGUGCCCGAGGCCCCGCUGCCCCCCCUGCCCACCGCCCCCCUCCCCGACGAGAGGCACCUCCCCGGCUUAGGUCGCAAGCAGCCCCGCGCGGGCUCGCUGACGGCGGCCGCGCAGGCCACGCUGGAGCGCGCGUUCCCGUCGGGCGCCGCGUCCGUGCUGCGCCGCGCGCGCGCCCCCGCCGCGCCGCUCGUGGCGUGCGCCGCGCUCUACCGCACGCACGGUGCCCGUCCGCACGAGCUGGCCACGCACAACGCCCGAGUGGCGCGCGCGCACGACCGCCACAUGGUGGGCCACGUGUGGGACGUGGUGCGCUGCGUGUACAGCUCGCGCGCGGCCGAGGCGCGGCGCGCGCCCGCCCCGCCGCCGCCGCAGCCCCCGCCGCCCCAGCCGCCCCAGGCCCGCGAGCCCUACAGUGCCGUAGAAGAGGAACCGAUGGAGGAAGUAGAAGAAUGGGCAGAGAACCAAUUCCACAACAGCGGAGUCCUAGGGCUUCCCACACACAGCAUCUACGUGCCGCCCUCCCGACUCCUGCGCCGCGACGAUGAAACAGCGGGUUGGGUGUCAGCCGCGUCAGCGCAUUACGUGGACGUGGACGCGGCCAACUGGACGCUCCCGGAGGAGGCCUUCCCGCUGCGCGCGCCCGCGCACGCCGUCACCCCGCCGCCCGCCGACGACCACGCGGGUACUAUGGCGGGCGGAGCGUCGCCGGGCGGCAGCACGUCCACAGGCUCAGGGCCGGCCGCGGAGCACCCCUACAGUCACCAGACCUCCGUCCCGCAGCUGGAAGACACGUCGACCUCCGGGUCGGGGUCGGAGGGCGAGCUGUCGGUGCGCGCGGAGGCGCCGGUGUCGCGGCUGGACGCGGCGCCGCUGCUGGCCGCCGCGCUGCGCGCGCACGCGGCGCUGGGCGACGUGCAGACCGCCGCCACCGUGUGUCUCGCUCUGCAGGACCACAGAUCGGACCUGUUCCCGUACAUCGACGAGGCGCUACAAGAGCAGUGGCUGCUGGGUUACAUUGAGUUAUUACAUAGGUAUAAACUGUGGAAUGUCGCUACUGAGGUGAUCCGUUGCGCGUGGCUAGGCUCCGUUCGCGCACUUUCCCAACAAUCCACUAGUAUAGCGGUGUGCUGCGGCCGCUGCGCGCGCCGCACGAGACCGCACCAGCCCUGCGACCGAUGUCAUGCGAGAGGGAAGGCGCGAUCUGCACCCGAUCUUUGCGCCGUUUGCCACCAGGUGGUCCGCGGACUAUACGCAUGGUGCCAAGGUUGCGCGCACGGCGGACAUUUAGCACACAUGCGUCGCUGGAUGGAGACGCAUCGCCUCUGCCCCGCGGGCUGCGGGCACCAGUGUCAGCUGGGCUGAGCUGUACUAGAUUAACCAUGGUAAUUUAAGAAAUUCAUUAGUGGCCUAACUAGGUUUAGGCGAAGCGACCCCUCGGCCAGACGGCCUCGCACUUAAGGGGGCCUCGCGGGAGCCAACUCUCUUUAUUACCUUGUGAUUUGGGAAUACCAUAGACUAAUAAUACUAGACCGCCAAUCCCCUUGACAUGCACGUAAACAAAACGCUGCUUAUUUUCGUAGUCGACAUCUAGCGUCAAGUAGCGGAUUUAUCAGUACCGCUACUUGACACUAGAUGUGUCAAUCAGUCAUGAUUAAACUUGGUGCUAUUAUUACGUAAUUUUACUCAACCUAUUACAUCGUGGAGGCAUAGGUAAUAUCUAAAUAGCAACGGUGCUUCAAAAUUUACUCUUAUCUCUUUGGCACUAGCUGUUCAGAUUGAAAUUUUGGACUAGUCACAUCCUAGUCUUGGUUUAUUAGUUGUAUGUUCUAUUUACAUUUGUAAAUAAUUAGCGGCAGUUAAUAGUAGAAUAACCGUGAUUCCAUCAUUCAAGUUUGUGGUAAUGUUAAAAUUGUAAAUUAGAUAACAUCGCUGUCAUAAUAUCUAAAUAAAUAAGUGAGAAAAGACGUAAAUAAAUGUUUUAAAUAUGUCAAUUAUUUGUACAUACUUUUAUAAAGGAAUAAAUAAAUCAUAUGACAAUGUUCAUAA